AUUGUAAUGUUUUUGCUGACAAGUCAUGGACAGUCAUGGAGACGUCUGCCUUGAACUUGGCACAUGAAAAACAGAGAAGAGCAGAAGCAUUACUGCGUGGAGGAAAAUUUGAAGACGCAGCAAAGUGUCAUGAAAUUGUGGCUGAUCUCUUGACGGAGGCUCAUGCACAGCUCGAGUCCAAUCUCAUACAUAUACAUGCACCUACAUUAUCCUCUCAAGAGACGCCAAAAUUUCUGACACCAAUUCAAUCACUUGUCACUUUAGACUCUCUCAGUUUACAACGAGAUUAUCAUAAAAGGCAGGCAGCUGUUGUCAGAAUGAAACAAGUGCAAUACGAAGAAUAUAAAGCAACAUUAGAAAAUCAUCAGAAAGAUCUUAGUAAACAUGUAGCUAAAUAUACUGAAAAAGAUAAUUGUACAAAUAUAAGGAUUGAUAAGUUUGAUGGUUCUUUACGUCAAGCUAUAUACAAAACAAUCGAUGAGCAAGAUAGCCUUUUAGGCUUGAUACCCUUACCUGAUGCUGAAGAAAAAAGCUUCAAACAUCCAAAAGAUACUGGCACUGUUAUAGAGGAACUUAGAACUGUUAACAGCCAAUUACGAUCUCUUGUGGGGAGUUUACUUAGUCAACUGGAAGCAAAAGAAGAAGAAGUACGCCAGCUAACAGAACGUCUUUAUGCUGUUUCUGUCAAUUCCAAUGAUGACAUUAGAUCGGAAGAACCUCUACGUCUUGCUCCAUUACCACCUCUAACGCCUCUUGAAAUGCCACUUUUUGACUUUACAUCUUCAUGAACUAUAGAUUUUAUAUAUCUAAAAUCAGAAAAAAAAAGCUUCAGAAAAGAAAUAUAGAAAAAAAUUAACAUUGAGAAAUUAUAUUUUAUUAUAUUAAUUAGCACUGUAAAAAUAUUGCUAUAUUUCCAAAUAUAUUAUUAUAUUGAUAAUUAAAUGUAAAUGUAUAAAUUUUAUAUAAGCAACAUAUAAUAAAGCACAAUGUAAGAUACAAAAACAUAUUUAUUUUAAUAAUAAUUAAUUAAAAAUAAAUUAUUUAAAUAACA